CAGUAAAUGUCACGUGAUAAAGACUAUAAAAGACGCAACGAUGGAAAGCAGCCUUGCGCUACCUAGUGCCAUAAGUCGUAACACAGGGUGGAAACCCGUUUUUAUUUUUCGGCCCCCAAUUAACAGUAAUUACAAACCAGAACUAAAAUGGCAACCAAAGGAACAACUUUAUGCAACGUUUUAACAAAAACUUUGAAGGUUCAAAACCGGGUUCUCUCCACCUCCUCAAGAAACAACCAGGCAAUUACUCUCACCGAGGUAGCACCACUCACGUGUCCAAUGCGAGAUGCAGUAAACGCAUUUGACAGAAUUAUGGCACCAUUUGAAACAUCGAUGGAACAAAAAACAAACAUUCAAACUUCGUCAGUAAAGUCAUUCGACAACAUCCCUGGACCAAAGGGGCUUCCAGUUGUGGGAACACUCUUUGAUUACAUGAAGAAAGAUGGUUUUCGAUUCAACAAAAUGUUUGAAGCGUAUAGACAAAGAGCUCUUCAAUUUGGACCAAUUUUCAAAGAAAACAUCGCCAACAUUUCAACAGUUGUCAUCAGCGACCCUGUUGAGUACAAUAAGGUCAUCAGAGUGGACGGCAAAUUUCCGGAGCGCCAUCUGAUGGAACCAUGGCAUCACUACAGAGAACUGAAGAAAUUAGGACAAGGUCUCGUAGAUUCAAAGGGUGCUGAAUGGCACAAACUCCGUACUGUUACAAUCAAAAAGAUGUUGAAGAUGAAGGAAGUGUUGGACUAUUGUCCAGAUAUGGACCAGGUAGCUAAUGAUUUCACUGAUCACCUGUCCAGCCUAAGAAACCAGAACAAUGAAAUCGUGGGUAUCGAGAAAGAACUCUUCAAGUGGUCCAUGGAAUCAAUUAGUCCAUUCUUGUUUGACUCCAGAAUUGGUUGUCUUGGACCAAACCCAUCACAACAGGCUCAGGACUUCAUUGAAAAUUUACAAGGAUUUUUCAAGCUUAUGCAACCUCUCAUGUAUAAUGUUCCAUUAUACAAAAUUUUCCCUACCAAAACCUGGAAGCAAUACGAGAAAUAUGCAGACAACAUUUUCAAAAUUGGCAGAUCAUUCGUAGACAAGAAAGCCGCUCUUCUCCAACAAAACCCACCGAAAGAGGGAGAAAAAUCUUCCUUUUUGGAGUACAUGAUGAACCAAAAAUCCCUCACCGAAAACGAGGCCCUCUCAACAGUUGUAGACAUGCUCAUCAGUGCCACAGAAACUACUUCAAGUGGAUCAUUAUGGGCAUUAUACUGCUUAGCUAAAAACCCAGAGGUCCAAGAAAAAUUAUACGAAGAAACAAAACGAGUUUUGCCCAACAAUGAGACAAUCACCCCUGAAAAACUCUCUGAGCUCCAGUACGUCAAAGCAAUCUUGAAAGAAACCUUCAGGUUAUACCCUAUCACUUUCGCAACAACCAGAUAUUUAGCAAAGGACACUGAAGUCGCUGGGUACACAAUUCCAGCUGGGACCCAUGUUCAAGGAAAUUUGUACACAAUGUAUCGGGACAGCAAUUUAUUUCCUGAGCCAGAAGCUUUCAAACCUGAACGCUGGUUAAAAGAGAACACCAUGAACCAGGAAGUAAAAGCUCUCUCCAACUUUGUGUGGGGUCACGGCGCGCGCAUGUGCAUAGGUCGCAGAUUUGCUGAACAAGAAAUCCAUAUAUUGUUGACAAAGAUUGUUCAGAACUUCCGCCUCGAGUACAAUCAUGGUCCUAUGGAUGCCGUACUGAACACAGUUAUGACCCCUGCUCAGCCUUUGCACAUUUCGUUUAUCCCGAGAAAUUAGGGAAUGCCUGCAAAUCUUCAGUCGUACUGAAUACAGUUAUGAUCCCUGCUCGUUCUUUGCAUAUUUCGUUUAUCCCCAGAGAUAGGGACUGCCUGCAAAUCUACAACCAUCUGUGAUAAAUUCUCUGAUCAAAGUACUUUACAUUAAAAUUUAAUAGAUUAUUUUUUACAAAGCAAUAUUUAUUUAUUUUUUAAACAUUGGUUCAAAAAUAAAUGUUUCCUGCUGAGCUGA